AUGCCCUCCCUCUUCGCCGCACCCUCAUCACCCCCACAGCCAUUCGACAGGACGUGGCUAGCGGACCAAGUGCAAGACAUGUACCUGCGCGAACUGAAGGCCUACAAGCCCACCCCAGUGAAGGCGGGCGAUGAGAAGGGACACGUCCAGGAGUUCAAGCUCCCCAAGGCCCCACAGUCUCCCGAAGAGGCCAACCUCGAGAACGACCUCAAGUCCUACGAAGAUCAAGUGCCCGAGGUGGAAGGGCAGGCGGCCAGUGGUGAGUCGUCGCCUGCGGCGGAGCAGGACUGGUUCGAGGAGCCAGAGGAGGAUGAGGAGGCACACCACUGA